UAACCCGAUCCAACCCCAGCCCGCACCCCUCUUCCCUCCUCCCCUCAGUCUGCGGUGGCCGACUGACUGGCUUGUGCCUGGUUCGCGACUGGCGUGGUGCUCCGCGCAGCCAAACCACAAAGCUACAAACCCCACUCCACCCCCGCCUCAUCGCCUCCUCCGCCGCCCUCCCCCCGCCGCCGACCGCCCCCGCAGCCGCCUUCCCCCCGGUGAGGUGACGCCGCCGAAGCAGGAGGUACGGUUCUUCCGGCGCCGGCCGCCGGGGUAUGAGCAGCAGCCGCCGCCCCGCAGGAUCUAGGGUUCCGACCACCCCACUCACGUAUGGCGGGUGCUAGAAGCUCCAGCGACAUCACCUCGAUAAACACCCAUGGAUUAUGAUGAUACUGAUUUCCAGAGCCGAAAUUUUCAACUAGCUGGUGAAGACAACAGUAAAUCCCCAUCAAGUUUGCGGCCAUUUGCACUGCCGAAACUUGAUACUGACGACCAACUACAGGGCCAUCUCAGAUUUGGCAAUUUAACAGACUCUGAAGGAUUUUUCAGUGUAGGAGGGCACGAUAAUAGUUGGAUUGAGGUGCUGUCCACUGGAAGUAGUGUUGUUGGUUUUAGUUCUAGCGCAGCUGAACCUUGCUCCAUAUCUAGGAGUAACUAUGUCUGGUCAGAAGCAACAUCCACUGAGUGUGUGGAAAUGUUGUUGAAGUCAGUGGGAGAAAAUGAGAUGACUGGUAACAUGAAUGAUAAUGUGCAUCAGCAGUUAAGUGGCAUGGACAGUCAAAUUGGUCCAUCCAACAUGCAACCUAACCCUAGUGACUCUCCGUCAGACAGCAUUGUGGUGCCGACUGAGAAUGACCAGUCCCAGGGCACUCAUUCUAGAAUGCCAGAAGAUCCUUUGACAAGUCAACCUCAAUUUGAAGAUAUUGCACCUUUCUCAAUGGUUGAGAAAGCUGAACAUGCCGUGUCUUCAACUUUGUCAGGCAGGAAGUCAAACUAUAUGUUGGAUUCUGUUUCUGAGAAGUGCAUUGUGAGUGAGAAGCUGUCUUCCGCUUCUCAAAACACACCAGAAGCCUGUCCAGCUGUUGACAACUAUUUUAAGGUGGUUCAUGAUGGUGAUUCUUUGGACAAUCUCAACAUACACUCAGCUGGAGUUGAUUCCGAUAAGUUGAGCAACGAAGCCUUCUCGGAGUUAGCUCGAAUUCAGAACAUAUACUCCACUGGCUCAUAUCACUUUGAGCAAGGCAAUCAUAUGCAUUCAAAUAAACUUGAAGGAGGAAUGCAUGAAUUGCAGAAAUUGACAGAAAGCUCUGAUGGAUUAUUGGAGGCCAUCACAAAUCCGGUUAAGAUGCUGCAAAUGAAUGAUGACACUUGCAAGAGUGCCAGUGAUUCACUUCAGCCAUCCCUUUCGCAAGUAGAGCGUGGGGCAGAAGGCCAUAAAAUUUCAGUGGACGCGCACAAAAAAAUUGUCAUUGAGAAGUUUGGCGUUGGCGAAGAACCCAGUUCUGCUAAAUCUUGUCAAAACCAGUCAGAUCUGAAUAAUUCUAAUCCUCAUCCGAUCACUCCCUUGUCAACCGAAAGUAGUGAGUUGAUUCAGUCUCCAGAUGGAAAGCAGCCUGCCCAUGUCACUGGAGCUCCAGAAGAAACGGAAAGUGAUGGAGUGGAAGAUACAGUUGAUGUCUCAAAACAUGGAGUGCCGGAGCAGCAUCAAGAAUCUGUUGAUAAUCUAAAAAAUGUUGUUAUGGAUGAUACAAACAUCAACAAUGACGUCGACUCAAAGCUUGGAGUGCUAGAGCAGCAUCAAGAUUCUGUUGAUAAUCUACAAAGUGUUGUUUCAGAAGAACAAUCAGGUAGGGAGGAAAUCUCAGCGGUUUCAGGGGACCUUGAAUGCUUGGUAGAAGCUGGUCAUGAUGGAAACGAUAGAGGUCUUACUGGUACAUCAAAAGAUGAGUUUGAAUCAUCAGGGCAUGUUGCACCUGACAAUUCUUCAGCUGGUUUAUUUGAUGAAAAUGGUCCAAACGUUUCCUCAGUAAAUCACGAGUGGCCAGUCAAGGAAGAUGAUACGCCUGUUUUAGAAGACGAGCCUGGAACUAAUUCUGGGCCUCAAGAAAAAGAGAUAGCACCUCUAAACAAUUUAAGCAGCGAUAUAAUUUCUACUACGGUUGCUGAUACAUCCAAUAAAUCAAUGGAUAAACUUGACUGUUCAGGAGGUGUUCCAUCCAAUGGUUCUCCUGUUGGUGUGCUUGAAGGAAAUGAUUCGACGAUUUCCUCAAUAAAUCAUGUGGAUUCAGUUGAUAGAGUUGCUAAUUCUUCUUCAGAAGUUGUAGCAUCUGUUUCUGAGUCAUUAGUGAAGAAGUCAGCAAUGUCGGUGAACUCUGACAUCAAUUCUAUUUGUAGCAGUGGUACCGAUCCUGUCGCAAAAAAUCCGCAGUGCGAAGGGCUGCCUACUUCUUUGGGUAGUUUGACCACGAAUCAAAGUCAGGAUAAAUCAGGUGAUCAUCCAGAUGCUCAUACAGAGAAUUGCCAGGUUGACAGACCUUCGUUACAAUCUGAAGACCAAGAAAUUUCUCAUCCACAGAAAUGUCAGAUUGGUGGAUCUUCUGUACAAUCUGGGCAUCAAGGAAAUUUAGCUACUGCUUCCUCCUUGGAUGUCUCAUCUGGCAAGGGUACACAAAUCAUCAUAGAAACUCCUCUAAAUGCAAAUGAUGAUUUAAAUGUGCAUAUAAAAGAUAACGAAGGAAGCUAUAAUGAUGCUACAUGCGGUUCCCCUACAGUGAUUAGUUGCACAGAACCCUGUCUCCAAGAAGGUGGGCAGGAGGGUAUCGCUGUGCUUCAUAGCAACCUAACUGAACAAUCCGACCCUACAGCCUCAGCUGGCGCUUCCCCUAGUUCAGAAGAUUGCUCUGCCAGAAAUAUAAAACAUACUCUUACUUCUGAGGAGGCAAAUACAACAGGAGAUGAUCGAAGUUUCUCAUUUGAGGUCGGAGAUCCACCAAAAGUGUCUGAGAAAGUUCAUCGUCCUGCUUGGAGCCCUUUCCCUAGAUCUAAAGCUGCUAUAAGUACCGAGGUAAACUCAGAAAUCCCCAAACCUGGGACUCCUGGAAAUGUGUUGAAGCACACCAGUGAAGUGAGUAAGAAAACGUCUGUUCUGGAGACCGGCAAAGAACAACAAUCAGGGAACAAAGUGGUUGAAAGUGUUGGGGUGCUCUCUAGCAGCUCGCAUAUUGGUCAUAGUACUGAAACUAAAAGUGCACCGCUAGAGCAGCCACAACAGCAUCCAACUCCUGAGAGCAGUGCUCUAGCGCCCCAACCUUUCACAGAUUUACAACAUGUGCAGCUGCGUGCACAGAUAUUUGUUUAUGGUGCUCUUAUUCAAGGAAUACCACCAGCAGAGGCCUACAUGGUGUCAGCUUUUGGAGAACCUGUAGGUGGCGGCAAGCCUGCCUGGGAGGCAGUCUGGCGAGUUGCUGUUAAGAUAUUUCAGAAUCAGAAGUCACCUGUAGCUGGCUUGGAAACUCCUACAAGCUCACGUAUAGGCAGCCAUGUGGCUGAAAAAGCCAGUAAGGGUACAGCAGGUAAAACUUCACCAGCUAGCAAAAAAGGUGGCAAAACUGUGUUGCCAGCACAUACUGCUGUAACUCUGCACUCACCAACUUUCAGCAUGUCACCUCUUGGUAGUUCUACAUUGAACCUGCAACGAGGUUCCCAUCUGGAUUUUAGUCAGGCUGUAUCACCAGUAUUCACAUAUAAUUCACAGACAAGGCAGCCUACUUCUGCUGUUGCAUCCUGGUUUCCUCAGAGCCCUGGUCCACGUGCUGCACCUUGGCUGGCUCCACCACAAAAUUUAAUAUUUGAUUCAUCAAUGCAACCAACUGUGCCUUCAAGUGAAUCUGCAAAAGGAUCUAGUAAAACUAUAUCCAUUUCACAAGCUAUUACGCCUGGUCUAUUUCUUCCCAGUCAGUCUUCUACUGUUGCUUCUCCAUUAGCAGUUGUACAGGAGGAGAAACAGAAGACACCGGCUUCUAAGCGUAAUAGAGCUGGAGCUGCAUCACCAAAGCCAAGAAAAAGAAAGAAAGCUUCAGCAAGUCAAGAACAGCAACCUGACAUUGCUUCCUCCCAGCUCAAAACGGACAUUGCAUCAUCCCAGCUCAGAACAGACAUUGCAUCUGUUAUUCCUGCCAGUGAGCAGACACCAGGCUUCACCUUAUCUACUCGUUCUCCAAGUAGUGUUCUGGGUAGCCGGCUUGUUCCUAACGCAAGUUUGAUCACAUCUGUGCCUAACUACCUGGGUGGUAAGGGUGCUGAGCAAAGAAUAAUCUUUUCAGAACAGAUCAGUGGUGCAGUGGACCAAUCUAUGGACCAAGCCAAAGGUGCAAGCAUGUACUCCGAGGAGGCACUUAGGCACAGUGAAGGUGUGUGGAACCACUUAUCCACAAACUCAAGGAGCAAAUUACCUGCAGAAGUAGAACAAAAGCUUACUUCAGCAGCUGCUGCUGCUUCUGCAGCAGUUUCUGUUGCGAAGGCUGCUGCAGAAGCUGCUAAAAUGGCGUCGGUGGCUGCAUUGCAGGCAAAAAUGAUGGCAGAAGAAGCCCUUGGCUCUACGAAAUCUGCUAAUUCCUUGCAGAGGCGUGACACUGGCGAAGUUGAUGUAAAUAAUAUGGCAAGUGUGUCAAGUUUGACGCCCAAAUCAUCAUGGAAAAUAAAGGACAGCACUAAUGCCCCAGGUUCCACCAUUUCGGUGGCACGGGAGGUUGCUAGAAAAAGGGUUGAAGAGGCAUCUGCAGCUGCAAAACGUGCAGAAAACUUAGAUGCUAUACUUAAAGCUGCAGAGCUUGCUGCAGAGGCUGUGUUCAAAGCAGGAACAAUCAUAGGGAUGGGUGAGCCUCUGCCUUUUACUCUAAGUGAGCUGUUGGAGGCUGGUCCCGAUGGCUACUGGAAGUCUGAUAGAGUGAAGAAUACGAAGGCUGGUAACACCAGUGAGAAUGCGGUAACAGAAGAAUUGGAGAUACCUACUAAUAAAUCUGGCAAGAAGCAUGAUAGCAAAGCUAAAUAUGAUCAAGCAAUACAGAACUUGGAGCCAUCUUCCAGUGUCAAAAAUUCGCAGCCAGAUAAGACGCCCUCAGGGAAUGGGAUUGAAGAUAAUCCCACUGCUGCCCCACUCAAUGGCAACACAAAUGAUACAGCACCAAGCAUAAUUUGGAAUGGCAUUGGAAAAGGAUCUCUUGUUGAGGUUUUCGCUGCUGAGGGUGGUUCUAGAGCAGCUUGGUUUUCUGCGAAGGUCCUUGAUAUAAAUGAAGAUAGUGCAUGCAUCAGCUAUGAAGCCCACGGUGAAGGGACUGGUCUUUCAAAAGAAUGGGUGUCACUGAAGCAGGAUGGGGAGAAGGCACCUCACAUACGUCUUGCCCAUCCUGCUACUAUAUCUAAUUUGAAAGGUACUAGAAAGAGGCGUAGGGACACAGCAGGAAAUUAUUCUUGGGCUAUUGGUGAUCACGUGGAUGCAUGGAUAAAAAACAGUUGGCGGGAGGGAAUCAUUUCUCAAAAUGGUGAAUUUGGUGACACAAAGUUCGUUGUGCAAUUUUCAGCUGGUGAUUCCUUAGUCCUUGAUGCUUGGAAUCUUCGUCCAUCACUUGUUUGGCAGGAUGGGAAAUGGACAGAGUGGUCCCGUGCACGAGAGAGGAAAGAUAAAUCAAAUAAGGGUGAUUCUCCAUAUGAGAAACGCCAGCGGACAGCAGUGAGCGAUCCUGUGCCUACUGCUGGAGAAGCACGCCCCCCUUCUAAAGACAAGAAGAGCACUAACACUGUAGUGAAUGACCCUGUGCCUACUGCUGGAGAAGCACGUCCCCCUACCAAAGACAAGAAGAGCACCAACACUGUAGUGAGCGGUCCUGUGCCUACUGCUGGAGAAGCACGUCCCCCUACCAAAGACAAGAAGAGCACCAACACUAUAGUGAGUGAUCCUGUGCCUACUGUUGGAGAAGCACGUCUCCCUACCAAAGACAAGAAGAGCACUAACACUGUAGUAAAACCAGAUGAGCCAAGGUCACUGGCUUUAUCUGAUAGGGACGUGCUUUUUAACAUUGGAAAAGGUGCAACUGAGAUUAAAACCACCAGGCGACCUGGACUGCAAAAGGAAGGAACAAAGGUCUUUGGUGUUCCAAAACCUGGAAAGAAGAAGAAGUUUAUGGAUGUAAGCAAACAUUAUGUUGGCGAUCAAGCCGAUAGGAUUUCUGAGGGUAGUGCAUCCACAAGAUAUGCAAAACAUCCAGUGCCACAGGUGCCAAGACCACGGGAAAGCACCCUAAAACUUGACCAGAGAGCCAAGAGGGCAAGUGACAUGCGAUCCAGAGGACUUAAAUCUGCCAAGCCUCAGACAACAUCAACUAACAGUGUUCCUGGCGAGGAUCCUUUAUCCACUCCUAUCCCAAGCUCUAGUGCUCUUGAAAGUACUUUUGCUUUUGUGGCAAGUACGACAAGCUCUUCCAACCCUGUUAACCCUACUGUUGAACAGAAUAAUUUGGCUCAUGCCACUGAUCUUAGAACUGAAGAUGCUUCUAUUCCGGAAUCACGUUUACAAGCCACACCAACCAUUCCUGCUAUCAAGAAGAAUUCAACCGCUGCUAAUCGAGCUAAAAGGAAAUUCGUUCCUUCUGCUGAUAGUAAUGUGAACAGGAGGGUGCUGAAAACUCCUGAAGUUUCAGCCAAGACUAGCUCAGAUUCUGCUGAACCCCGAAGGUCAAACCGCCGGAUUCAACCAACUUCACGGUUGCUCGAGGGCCUGCAGAGUUCCCUUAUAGCCUCCAAAAUUACUGGCGAAAAAGUCCCUAGGACUAAUUUCAGGAGUGCUACUUCUGCCUCAAGAGGAAAAGCCCAUGGCUAAUUCAAGGCAAUCGCUGUUUUGGCGAGACAACCAUGGCGUGUUUGUACAUAUCGGUAGCUUGCCGAGUAUGGAAGAAAAGGGGAUAGGAUUUGAGUGAAGGCUUUUGGAGCUGGUGUGUGUGAUGUACUAUAAAACUAGCUUAAGUUAGUGUCUUUUCUCUCUUUAUUGCACUGGACAGUAUUAUUGUGUCGUAGGAUUAGCCAUUAAUCACCCCCAAACCCUCCGUUUAAUCUGUAUGGAUACAGUGCCAAGGAGAAGAACGACGGGGUCUGGCUUAAACUUACUCAUCAACGGUUGUACUUUACCUUCUCUCGAGUACCAGCCCCAUGUUGGAAUGAUUGACUGGUGCUUCUUGGUUCCAGUGAAUGCUUUGAUCUUGAUGUGGCACCUGUGUUUUUUUU